AUGUCCUUCAUGAGCACUCUGUUUGGUCCCGACGCUGACAAAUGGCCACACAGCGACGAGUCGCUUGCGCUUGCACUGGAGACACGAGUCCAGCAGGAGAAGACGAAACAGGAGUUCUACAGAGUGGAGCAGCUGAAUCGCACCACAGAGCUGGUGAAACUGGCUGCUCAGCUCAACAUUCCGCCAGAUCUGAUCCCAAUGCUUGUUCCUGGAAGAAGACAGCAAGUCCGCAAGCCGCUUAGGGUGGACACCAACCCGAUGACCAGCUUCAAAUUCGGUUCUGGCUCGAGUCCGCGCAAAACCACACUGAAUCCUCGUCACCAGCUAUCUCCGUCCAAGAUCGGCGCACACCACGUUUCAUCGUUGUUGAACGGCAAACAGCCACUUGAUAUCAGCCACGUACGGCACGGGAGACACCAACGAACCAUCUCGUUGCCGCCUGAAGUGUCCAUCCCUGAACAUUCAGAACAGACUCCACGCAAGAGACGACAGUCUCCAGGCCCAGAGAUCGUUAUUCCGGCACUGGAUACCACCCCAGACAAGAAACAUAGCAGACAGCUAUCUGCGGACGUUUCGCUGGUAUCGCCUGUUAAUUAA